CCUACUCUUCUUUCCCCAGGAGUGUUCAGAUGCCAACCUGGCCAUCAAGGGUGAUCCCUGUGGGAGACUAAAAGGGUAACCUCCAGGGCCAGGUUGAGGCUGGCCAGCCCUGAACCUCAGCUGGGGAGCAUGGCAGCCCCCUCGGAGCUCCUGGAGCAGGCUCCUGGGGAGCGGGAAGGGCUUCUCAUCGUGAAGGUAGAAGAUCCCUCCUGGGAGCAAGAGUCUGUCCAGCAAGCAGACAGCAGGCAUGUGGAGGCAUGCCGCCAGCGUUUUCGACAGUUCUGUUACAGGGAAGUAGGACGGCCUCAUGAGGCCUUCAGCCGCCUCUGGGAGCUGUGCUGCCGCUGGCUGCGACCGGAGCUGCGCACCAAGGAGCAGAUCCUGGAGCUGCUGGUGCUCGAGCAGUUCCUGACGGUGCUGCCAGGGCACAUCCAGAGCUGGGUGCAGGAACAGUGCCCAGGGAGUGGCGAGGAGGCUGUCGCCUUGGUGGAGGAUCUGCAGAAGCAGCCGGUGAAAGCCUGGCUGCAGGAUGUGCCCUCUGAGGAGGUGGAAUCUGAGGUGUUGGGCCAGGGGUCUCGGGACGAGGGGCCUCCUCCGAUGGCAGGGGCACAGAACGUGCCCCAGGAGCGGGACAGCUGUGGUGCAGCACCAUCACCACCGCUGGCCCUGCCUCCUCUGUCUCUGGCCUCCUCCUGGGAGCCCGGAGCAAGGCAGCUCGAUCCAGGCCCUCUCAUCUUGUUCCAGGGACCUGUGGUGUUGGGAGACAUUCCUUUCUAUUUCUCUCGGGAGGAAUGGGGCUCCCUAGACCCCGCUCAAAGGGAUCUCUUCUGGGACAUCAAGCGUGAGAACUCCCAGAACGCCACCCUGGGUCCAGGGCUCCAGAGGCCCGGCAAGAGGUCGCAGCUAGAGGCAGCUGUGCGGGGCCAGGCGGGUAGCUGCGGGGCUCUGUCCUGGGACUCCGAGGAGGCCGUAGCCUGGGAGAGCGAGAACCGGCCCGGAGUGACGUUGGGCGGGUUGGCGGGGACGCGGCGGCGUCGGCCUCCCACGAGCCGGCUGCAGUUCCAGGACCUGGCGACAGAGAAGCCUCACAGCUGCGGGCAGUGCGGGAAGCGCUUCCGCUGGGGCUCGGACCUGGUGCGGCACCAGCGCACGCACACAGGCGAGAAGCCGCACAAGUGCGCCGAGUGUGACAAGAGCUUCCGCAGCUCCUCGGACCUGGUGCGGCACCAGGGCGUGCACACGGGUGAGAAGCCCUUCUCAUGCUCCGCAUGCGGCAAGAGUUUCAGCCGCAGUGCCUACCUGGCCGACCACCAGCGCAUCCACACGGGCGAAAAGCCCUUUGGCUGCAGCGACUGCGGCAAGAGCUUCUCGCUGCGCUCCUACCUGCUGGACCACCGGCGUGUGCACACCGGCGAGCGGCCCUUCAGCUGCAGCGAAUGCGACAAGAGCUUUAAGCAGCGUGCGCACCUCAUCACCCACCAGAGCCUGCACGCCAAGAUGGCUCAGCCCGUGGGGUGAGCGGCCCUGGGAGGCCCCGCGCCACAGUGCAGCCUGAUCCUCCACACAACGGGCCUGUCCAUGGACCUGGGGGUCAUGGAGGAUGACCCCAGGACUGCUCCUGGAGACCCCCCGCACUUCCCUGUAAUCUUGCUGCCUCUUCGGCCUUCUCCCUGUGCUUGUUUCCCAGGCCCAAGACAGCUGGAGAGCGUGAGGACCCUAUGGGAGCCUCAUGCCAGCACUCUUAGCUACUGCUUAUGUGCAAGGGCUCCCUGGCCAGGCUCUCAAUUCUGCCAGCCUGUGCAGAUUGGCCCCGUCUCAGGGGGCUGCCAGACCGAUGGCCCCUACCCCUCCAGCUCCAGGUCACAGCCGCUCUCUGUUAUGUCCUGGCUGUGAGGGUGUGGGCUGUCUUGUUCUCUGUCCCACAUGAGCCUCAGAGCCACCCCUGGCCAGUGCGUGCAGUGGUGGGCUCAACCCUGGAGACGAACAGUUCAAUCAAGGCCAGCUGCCAUGGGGGCAAGGCUUGUACUUUAACAUUAGCACUCCAUCUGCUCUUUUGUAUUCCAGUCUGCAGGCUGGUUUCCAUGAGCAGAGGCCAACUGUAGGCCCUCCACCAGAGGGUGUGGAAUAAACAGGGAGACUUGCCUCCCACUGCUGUGUCCUUCCCAUCACUGCCAUGAGCUCCUGAGGACCCAGAAU